CUAGGUUACCCACGGGAAGCGGUCAACUUGCACAGCUAUGCGUAAACUUUCUUUAUUUUUACUCCGGCUUUGAUACGUAUGCGCUAUUUUGUGGUUUUCGAAUUCGCCAUGAUUAAAAAUAAACAUGACGGAACUAAAACCACAUGAAUAUUCAAAGUUUGAUAGUCUGCAUGUAUUAGGCAAAUUAGCUCUUUUAAACACAUGAACUCACAUAAUGGCGAUCACAUUUUGUACCGUGUUGGUCGCUGCCUGCCUUCUGUGUGCUGUUAUAGUGGAAGGAAACAGUGAAGACCGUGAUUACAGAGACAUUUACGAGUAUGAUGACGACAAUGAUGGCAUCAACAACGCUGAAAAAUGCCCCGAUAUUAACUUACCCAGAGGUCUUGGCGGCCCUUGCAAAGUCAGUGAUUUUUGCAGCAAUAUCACUUGUGAGGUGACAGUUUGGGAAAAGAGUGCCACCUUAACUUUCAAAAUUAACCAGUGCGAUGAUCCCAUCACUGCCACAGUCACUGUCAAUAUACAAAGGUAUGCUGUUGAUUGGUCGCAUUCAUUUCAAGAUGGAGAACGGAUCAAACUGCCGACAGACCAUCUGCUUGGGAAAGGAUCUAGCACCAUGGCACAAGGAUCAGUUUCACUUUCGGUUUUGCUGAAAAGGGAAGGCAAAAAGCUGCAUUUUAAGCUUCAGUUGCUGGGAAAAGUGGAAGUCUUUUUAUAUCACAAACUGGAAGGUCCCAUCGAUAGAACUCUGAUCGACGGGAAAAUUUCGCUCUCAGAUAAACACUGCGGUUUCAGCGCUUGGUUCAACAAACAGCCGCUUUACAUCAAGAUUUUGAUGAUCGCGGGUCCUACCUUAGCCUUUAUCCUUCUGCUGAUGCUCACAGUGUACUGUCGAAUGAGACGUAAACGCCGUGUGCCCACACGCCUUCAUGUACAGCUGCCGAGUCAUCGUGUCCAGAUCACCGCGACUAGAAGUAAAGUGCCUUUGCAACGGCUGAUAAAUCAGGAAUAAAUAUGCGUGCGAAUGCUCUGCAAACUCAGGGCGGGAAGGAAAAGAUGGAAAAUCCAUGAAAGCUAAAGAAACCAGCUGAACAAUUGAAAGAUAGUUAAAAAUCCGCAGAAAUCUGCGAAAACUGCGGAAAUUAUAAAAAAGUACAUUUACCUAACAUAAAAGAAUCGUAUUAAACAAUAUUAUCAAAUUGAACAUAAACUUAUAUCAAAUUUUGGUAGAAAUCUGUCAAGAAACAAACAUGAGAUAUUUACGAUAUCAGGAGCCCAUCAUUCACUCAGUGAUGGGCUCCUGACAAUAUAUAUCAUUUCAAUAUAUUACUAAAUAAAACAAUAGGAUUAUAUUUAAAUAUUUCGAAUGAUCAAAAGCGAUCGUAAGAUAAAGUUUGAGUAAGUGCAGAUUCAGAAACGUGUAACCAUCGGCUUCUGCUAUGUUUUAAGCAGUGUAAAUUUAUAUUUCCGUAAUAAUACAGAACACUGGUAAACAUGAGCUUGAUAACAUAGUUAUGAGGGAUCCGUAACUGAAAAUCAUUGAUAAAGUAUUUAUCCAGUUUUA